CAGAAUCUUGUUGGAGCCAAGUAAGGAGGUCCUUCUCCUCCCCCCUCGCUUUUUUAAAGGCGCUCGUGAAAUAUAAGCUCAGAAAACAAACCGAGCGAUCACAGCGGCAGCCGGGGCGGCAGCAGCAGGAGGAGGAGGAGGAGCAGGAGGAGGAGGCAGAGUUGGAGUUGGGCAGACGCUGAGGAGAGCUAGCUGCAGGACGCUGCGGAGUUGCAGGGAUCCGCGCUGCUCCAUUCAUUAAGUAGCUGCGGAGGAUCGUGGCGGGACGCCGACGCUGCCCACUCGCAAACUCCUACACGCAGACGCACGCCAGCCGGACGCGUCCGGAGCAGCACAGUUCUGCAAAAGUUCCUGCUCGGGAUUUGGCUCUCUUCCCCUUGGACUAGCGAACAGUUUGGGGUUGAGAGGAAAGCAGAGGCGCCCAGAGGGGAAACCUACCCGCGACUGCAGUUGGAACUACUCGGCCGGGCUGCACACUCGCCGCCGCGUCCCGAGCCCGCAGACCCGCUCCUGAGCAGCGGCGGCCCGCAUCGCCCCGGGAGGCUCCCAGCAGCCAGCGCCAUGCAAAGCUACAAGUACGACAAGGCGAUCGUCCCUGAGAGUAAGAACGGCGGCAGCCCGGCGCUCAACAACAACCCGAGGAAGGGCGGCAGCAAGCGAGUGCUGCUCAUCUGCCUCGACCUCUUCUGCCUCUUCAUGGCGGCUCUGCCCUUCCUCAUCAUUGAGACGAGCACCAUUAAGCCUUACCGUCGAGGGUUUUACUGCAAUGACGAGAGCAUCAAGUAUCCCCUGAAAGUCAGUGAGACUAUAAACGACGCUGUGCUCUGUGCAGUGGGGAUCGUCAUCGCCAUCCUGGCGAUCAUCACGGGGGAAUUCUACCGGAUCUAUUACCUCAAGGAGAAGUCCCGCUCCACCAUUCAGAACCCGUAUGUGGCUGCUCUCUAUAAGCAAGUGGGAUGCUUCCUUUUCGGCUGUGCCAUUAGCCAGUCCUUCACUGACAUCGCCAAAGUGUCCAUCGGGCGCCUGAGGCCUCACUUCCUGAGCGUCUGUGACCCUGAUUUCAGUCAGAUCAAUUGCUCCGAGGGCUACAUUCAGAACUACAGGUGCAGAGGAGAAGACAGCAAAGUGCAGGAGGCCAGGAAGUCCUUCUUCUCGGGCCAUGCCUCCUUCUCCAUGUUCACUAUGCUGUAUCUGGUGCUCUACCUCCAGGCCCGCUUCACCUGGCGCGGGGCCCGGCUGCUCCGCCCCCUCCUGCAGUUCACAUUGCUCAUGAUGGCCUUCUACACGGGAUUGUCACGGGUGUCUGACUACAAACAUCAUCCUAGCGAUGUCCUGGCAGGAUUUGCCCAAGGAGCUCUGGUGGCCUGCUGCAUAGUGUUCUUCGUGUCCGACCUCUUCAAGACUAAGACGACCCUCUCACUGCCCGCCCCUGCAAUCAGGAGGGAGAUCCUGUCUCCCGUUGACAUCAUCGACAGGAACAAUCACCAUAACAUGGUGUAGGUGCUGCGGCCUCCAGAGCGCUUUCUCUGAAGCGACUGCUUGACGGCACGUUCCUGCUGCUCUCCGGAUCUCAUCAGACAGUAGAAUGUAGGGAAAAGCUUUUUGCCCGAUGGAUUUUGAAAACAUUUAAA